GCAUCGAAAAAAGCAUAGCGACCAUCUCCCUGGAAACAGCUGCCCAACACAUUCCCACAGAUAGGGUUAGUUAUAAAAAAUAUUUGACGUUCCCCUUUGGGACUGGAAUAUAUGCUGUCGCGGUGAAUUUAUUUUGUUUAGACAAUCUCGAUUCGCCUAUUUUAGGUACACAGAGAUAUAUUAGACAUUAGGUUUAGCGCGAGAAUUGACGUAUCCAGCCAUAUUGUUUGUUGCUAGCUGACUUUGCCAGGAAGCCUUUGCUGUUGCUAGCUGACUUUGCCAGGAAGCCUUUGCUCGAGCAAGUGAAUAUUAUUUCACAAUGUCAAUGGAGGGGUUGUCAUCAUUCCAGAAUCUACAAGCGCUCUCUGCCCUCUUAUCCACGCAGGACGAGGAUGAUGAAUAUAAUUUUAAAAAUAUGACAUCCUCAGCCGUAAUGGGACCUGGAGAUAUUGGUCUCCCAUCACCUGCUGCCAACAAAUCAGCCUACACCAAGAAGGACAGUAAAGCCAUCUGGAGUGAGGAGGAGGUGACAGAGGGGUCGCAGUUUGAUGACCUCACAGACACCCGGCCAAAGCCUGAGUAUGACAUAUUGCUGAAGCAGAAUGUUGGGACAGAGGAUGUGUUUCUUGGGAUGAGCAGAAAGGAUCCCUCUUCCAUGUGCUGUGACAGCAUGCUGGUGAAAAUCAAACUGCCAGACACCAAAGCAACAGAUGUAGUCUUGGAUGUGAAGGAGAAAUUCCUUGAUCUGCGAACGCCAAACUUUAAACUGGGCCUACACCUUCCUCACCCGGUCCACAGUCAGGAGGGAAAAGCCCAGUUCUACAGUGAAAGACAGGAGCUGGAGGUCACGCUACCAAUGAACCGCCUCAUGGAUCAAAUCAACCUGCAACGUUGAGAGAAAGUUAGGAGAAAGGAAAAAUGAUUGAGGAGCAAACUGAACUCAAGAGGAAAUUAAGCUAAUCUUGGAGGACACGUGAAUGUGGUUAUGGGUUCCUACCUACCUAUGGGUUCCUUCAGUUCCUACCUACCUCACCUGUGCACAGGUGAGAGCAGAGCCUCCGUCUUCUGUCAUGAUGCAGAAGAGAUGGGUAUUGUCCAUUUCUGCCGCUAUGGAUUACUUGUUUGUUUGAAGAGUUCCAUGGUUUUCAUUAUAAAGUCUGACCAUUUACUCUGUUCAUGGAAUAUAUUGUCUGCAUUUCAAUAAAUAAAAUGGUUUGGUUUAUUUUCA